CCAAGGGUCUCUCCUGACGGGAAUCGUCAUCACUGGUGGCCGUGGUAUCGCCGCCAUAACUUCACGGCUGCCCUUUACCAGCCCCAGAAGUCGUCGCCAGAAGCCAGAGGCUCAGCCGGCUAACGGAUGGCGAGUAGCAGCGGACCCAAGGCCGAUUCCAUUGUCGGAGGGAGAUAUAAACUGGUACGGGAGAUCGGGUGUGGCUCCUUCGGGGACGUUUACUUGGCGAUAGACCUCACCAACCACGAGGAAGUGGCAGUGAAACUAGAGUCACAGGAUGCGAGGCAGCCCCGGUUGGUAUAUGAGAAGGAGCUCUAUAAUGUUCUUCAAGGUGGGGUUGGCAUCCCCCAGAUACGGUGGUAUGGUCAGGAAACGGACUGUAAGGUGCUAGUCAUGGACCUUCUGGGACCCAGCCUUGAAGACCUCUUCAAUUUCUGUUCAAGAAGGUUCACAAUGAAAACUGUACUUAUGUUAGCUGAUCAGAUGAUCAGUAGACUCGAAUAUGUGCAUACACAAAAUCUGAUACACAGAGACAUUAAACCAGAAAACUUCCUAAUGGGUACUGGGCAGCAGGGUAAUAAGUUAUUCCUUAUCGAUUUUGGUUUGGCCAAGAAGUACAGAGACCCCAGCACAGGGCAACACAUACGGCACAGAAAGGGUAAAAGUGUCACUGGCACACCUCUCUAUGCUAGCAUCAGUGCACAUCUUGGUAUUCAACAGAGUCGCCGAGAUGACAUGGAAUCAUUAGGAUAUGUUUUGAUGUAUUUUAAUAGAGGCAGCCUGCCAUGGCAAGGACUACAGGGUGCAACAAUGAAGCAAACAUUUGAAAAGAUUAGAGAAGUGAAGACGACCACAUCCAUUGAUGUUUUAUGUGAUGGCUUUCCUAUACAAUUUGCCAUGUACUUAAAGCAUUGUCGUGGGCUGUCCUUUGAGGAAGCCCCGGAUUACAGGUAUCUGAGGCGGCUAUUCCGCCUUCUUUUCAGGACCCUGAAUUACCAAUAUGACUAUGCAUUUGAUUGGAUAGUGUUAAAGCAGAAAGAACAGCAGGCUGCCUCUUCAAGUGGGCAAGGUCAGCAGGCCCAAUCCCCACCCCACCCAGGCAAUCAACCUGAGAAAACCAAAAGUGAAGCGAAAGGUUCCAAAGCAUGAAUCAAGGAACAGAGGACGCAGAGCAGAAGACUGGAGCACCAAAUUCAUUUCCCUAUAAACUGGCUCUGGUCAGCAGAGAUAUUCUCUCCUGAGUUGAAGGCUCUGUAGUUAGUGAACCAUGGUAUCUGGUUUUCUGUUUCACUUUUUCGAGUGGAAAAGUUCACUAAAUGCUUCACACACACAAAUGGGUGGGAAAAUUGUGCCUAUGCCAAUUUUAUUUAAAAUCUUUAUUUUGAACUAGACUGAUUUGAGAGGUCUCAUUGCAGUUGCUAUGGUUGUUAAUGCAUUUUGAGGGUUUAUCCAUCCCUGGGGUUUGCAAGUUGUUCACUUAACACAUUCUUAAAUUGAUUGGCUACUUGUUUGCAAGUCAGCUAUUAUGGAGGCAAUCAAAGAUUCCAGUGUUUGAUCAUAUGAAAGACUGUGCCUGCUUACCUGUGCUAGAAAUAACAGCCUCUUAAGUGAAGACUGAAGAAAAACUUAGUGACUACUAGAUUGUCCUCAGGACUCUGUAUUAAUUCUCUAAUGUUCUUGGUAUUUAAGAAAAAGCAUAUUUGUCACAGAAUUUUAGUUAAUAUCUUACAACUGAACCUGUAUAUAUGUUUAGAUAAAUUAGUCACUAUAA